AUGUCACGGCCACAGCAACCACCACCAACUCUCAUCCUUCUCCUUCUCUUCGCUCUCACCACCGCAACCACCACCUUCGUCCUCUCUUCUCCCAUUACUCUUCGUUCCUUACGCAAACUCUCUCGACCCAUCACUGCCAACUGUUAUGGCAACAAUUACGAUGGCGUUGGAGUCAAUGAGAAACAUCCCACUUGGGGAAUGACCAGUGAACCAUUGAUUCGACUUUCGAAAGCUGCUUAUUUAGAUGGAGUGAAGGAUCCUCCUCGAUUGGCAACUUCAGCUCGAGUCCUUUCGAAUGCGUUUAAUAAGCAAGGACAAUGUGAUACGAGUAAUGAUCAUGACCUUUCGGCAAUGUUUUAUGCAUUUGGUCAAUUUGUGGAUCAUGAUAUUAGUUUUGAAGGUACUGGUUUGAAAUUCACCGAAACUCUCAACAUUGACGUUCCACCAGGUGAUGUCUGGAAUGUUCCUUUACCUUUCACAAGAGCUGUCUUUUCCUCCAACAAACCUACCUUCAUCAAUGAGCCAGUAGGCCCUGUCAAUUUUGUCACUGGUUUUCUUGAUUGUUCUCAAAUUUAUGGAAAUGAUUUACAACGUGCUCGUGAAUUGAGAGAAUUUCGAGGAGGAUUGUUGAGAAGUCAAGUGGCGUUCGGAAAGGAGUUUUUGCCCAAGACGAGAGUGGAUCCUGUCACUGGUUUGUUUUAUCUUGGGGCAGGUAAUAAUACUGUAAUUGCUGGAGAUACAAGAGCUACGGAAGCCCUUCCAAUUUCCAUCAUGCAAACCUUGUGGUUGAGAGAACACAACCGAAUGGCUUGUUUGGUAGCUGAACGUUUUGGAGUUGCUCAUUCCGAUGAAUUGUUGUCCGACUCGGCAGUCGACGAAUGGAUUUUCCAAACGGCUCGUUCGAUUGUGUGUGCCGAAGUUCAACAUAUUAUUUAUAAUGAAUACUUGCCAAGAUUGUUGGGUUCGCAAGCACCAAGACCAUGUGAGUUGGAAUAUGAUGAAGAUGUGAGAGUGACUGCCAAUGUCGAAUUUGCCACUGCUGCCUAUCGUUUCGGACACAGCAUGGUCGGCUGCAGCAUUCACAAAUUCGCAGCCAACGGUACUGAAGUUCCAGAAUUACCAUUCGAUUUGGCAUUCAACGCCUAUCCACUCCUCAUGGCAGGUCCAGAAGAAUACGACAUGUUCCUGAGAGGAAUUAUCAAACACCACUCUUUCAAUUUGGAUGAAAAAGUUGUGGAUGGUUUACGACAAGUCAUUCGUGGAAGACUCGAUUUGCCUGCUCGUAACAUGCAACGUGGACGUGAUUUGGGUUUACCAGAUUACAACACCAUUCGUAAGGCUGUGGGUUUGAAACCUCAAAAUAUGACUGAAAUUACGGACAAUUUGGAUUUGCAAAACAAGUUGAUUCAAUUCUUUGGUGUGAAUUUGGUGAAUUUGGAACCAUGGUUGGGAAUUUUGAUUGAAAAGAAACAAACAGAUUCCUUGUUGGGUGAACUAGGAACUUUGUUGAUUAAGGAUCAAUUUACCAAGUAUGUGAAAGGAGACAAGUGUUUCUAUACACACAAUCCACAACGAUGGGCACGUGUUGAAUUGAGAAGAGCAAUUGAAAAGGUGACUUUGGCUGAUAUUAUUGCAGAGAAUACUGGAAUUUCAAUGAAUGAUCGAGCAAUGGGAACUUCUCCAUGGACUGCCAAGUAUGGACCUUUGGUGUAA